AUGAAUCGUCAAGUGGGUUUAUUACGUCAACAUGAAAUUCGAGCUUCACAACAAGUUGUACAACAACAAUCAACGCAAUCGCUUGCACGCAUUCAAGAAUAUAGUUCAACACCGCCACAACGAUCACAACGUAGUUCUGAAGCAACAAAUAUGUUUGUAACACGUAUACUUGAUGAAUGUGGACUUGAAAUAAAAAUGGCCGAUGAAGAAAAUAUGAAUAACAAUGAUGAAUUAAAUCUUGAACUUAAAGUUGAUCAAGGUAUCUUAGCCAAACAUCUCUCACAACGUUUACGUUCAUCAUCCGACAGCAAUAUCAAUACAAUAGGUGCACUACCACAAAUAUCUGUAAAACAAUUUGAAACUGAAUUAAUCUCCUUCUUUUCCAACGAUUCAAUAUUUCGUUCAUCUCUACUUCCAACAUCAAGUGCCGAUGACGUAUCACCGCUUCGUGCUCAACAACAAGAUAGUCUUAUGCGUAUAUUAUUAUGCGUUGAUGAAUUACAGAUGUUUCUAGCAAAAUAUUUACUCAAACGCCUUGUUCGUUUUGAUAAUAAAGGUGGUGAUCGUGUCAUUGUACAAAAUUUACCAUUAUCAAUGAUACGACUUAUAUUACAAACAUUUCAUUAUCUUCCCAUAGGAAAAUUAACCAAUGCUAAAGACUUACUCUAUUUUUAUUUGGAUGUUAUUGAUUUAGUUACGAAUAAUGAUGUACGUUGUCAAAUGAUUUCACUUGUUACAGAUAUUUUUUGCGAUGAUUAUUUACAAAUCGAUAUCGUUACAAAAUUAGAAGAAAAACUCGAGUCAACUAACGUUGAUAUUAUUAAGCAAGUUCUAUCGACAUUAACAACAAUACAGCUCAAUGAUUCAACGGAUAGACGAAUACGAGAAAGAAUUAUUCCAAUGAUUAUGACAGGAAUUUCAGAUGUUAAAGUGGAAUGUUUUAAUUAUCUAUUUGAAACAUCAACAAAAACUAAUAUGUUCGAAACCGUACUAUUAUUUCGUGAUGUUGCAACUGUAUCUGGCAGAAGAUCCGAUCGUUUGACAUGUUCAACAACAGAUAAUUUUCAAACUGUACAAAGUCUUUUCGAACGAUUUGAACAUUAUUUCAAUUCAUCGCGUAUUCUUUUUCGAACAUGCCAAGAAAAACAUCCAAUAACUGCUGAUUUAUGUUUAAAAAUAAAUAGUUAUUUUUUAUUCGAUUUUUUCAUUGGUAUUCUGCUUGCAAAUCGUUCAUAUUAUAAUAAUUUAAAAACAUUCAUUAAAAAGCUCGGCGAAGAUCCAUCUAUAAUUCGUUCGAUUUAUUUACAUUUAACAUCGAAUCUCUCAUUUGUUUUUAAAUUUGCUCAGCAUAUAUUUCGUUUUGCUAUAGCCAUAUUUCAACAUUUAUCCUUUGGUAAUUUUCCAACAAUAACAACAACAAACAAUUCGUUAUCAUCAUCAAAUGUUAUUCAUUUACAAAUCGGUUUACAAUUAGCUUUUAUGCUUAUUGAUUUACUUUUUUCAGUUAGUGAAAAUAUAAAACAUACGACUGAUUUCAAUGAGCAAAUUAUCAAUGCACUUGUUCGAUUGGCUAUUCUAUUUCAAAAUCGAUAUUUACAAAGAUUGCACAUACUUAAAUUACUCAAACGUUUUUGCUAUCGAUAUAAAUCAAAAGUAUUAAAUUGUGAAUCAUAUAUAAAGAACUUAUUUGAAUAUAUUGAUACAUUUCGAGGUGAUCAUCUUCGGUUGGUAUUUUCAAUUCUUGCUUCAAUGUAUAAUACAGGUGUAUAUAAUGACUUGAAUAUGUUUGUUACUAAAUGUUUAAUACAACCGUAUAAAGAAAAAGCUCGUGGUGUUUUUGGUGCUAUUGAAAUUUUUCGUUCGCUGCUUCUUAGACACGUGACUGAUUCAACACAAGCACCAAACACUGGUAAUACUCGUCUGGAUGGGAAAAUGUCCAAUCAUGAAAAUGAAUUAAAAGAUCUUCUUGGUCUUGUACAAUCAUCUGGUAUGCAAUGUCCACAAACAUUAGCACUUUUCUAUGACGAAUUAGCAACAAUACUUGGUUCAGCUAAUUCCAAACAAACAAAUAAACAACAACAACAACUCAAUUCAUCAUCUACUCAACUUGAUACGCAAUCGCUCGAUUGGUUUGCUAUAUCAGCAGCUGAUAUGUUUCAAGAAGCAUUUCUGAACGAUACUGAUGCAUCUACAACAACUAAUUCUCUUGACAUAAAUCGCUUUGCUCAACAAACUCGUAUUGUCUAUAAUUUCGAUGGACAAACAACAAAUGCAUCAAUACUUAAUCUAGCAAAUAUUAUUUCCAAAUAUCAUCAGUAUCGAACCAUGAGUGAUACAUGUUCAUCGCCCAUCUUACUAGCGCCAAUGCUGCGUUUAAUUGUAUUGGCAUCAUGGUCAAAUAUCGACCAAGUUGAUGCUGUUCUUCAAUGUUCAUUACGUAUACCAGAUGUAUUACCAUCAGCGGAUAUCGAUAUUGAUGUGCCGAAAUCUUUAGAAUCUUAUCGUGAAAAAUUAAACGAAUUUUCGAGUUCAUCAUUGAAUAUUUUGUGUGAUGUUUAUUAUUAUGCAAGUCGACUAUUUCGAGAAAUAUGCAAUUUACUCUCAUUAGAAUUAAAUCAAAAUGAAUCGUUAAUAUCAACAAGACUCGAACAAUUGGCAGAUAUUGAGGAGCAUUUUUCUAUUUGUGUCCAAAUAUGUCGACAAAAAUAUGGAUUUUAUGAGCCGAUUUGUUCGAAUAUUGAAAGAAAUAAAAUGAAAAAAGUUUCAAAGAAAAUUACAACAACUAAAACGAAGGCAAAUAAACAACAAGGAACAAAACGAGCUGCUCCUGUAUCGGACGACGAGGAAGAUGAAGCAAGUCGAAGUGAAGACGAAGAAAAUACAAAUAAGAAAAAACCUCGAACAGCAACUGUAGCAAAACUAAAGCCAAAGCCUAAACCAAAAUCAAAACAAUCAUCAAUGUUUGAUAUGUAUGAAUUCGAUAUACGUCCACUUGAAUACGUCACAUUUCCAUAUAUAUCAAAAUAUCUUGAACGUCUACCGAAAAGCAACGGCAAACAGCGUUUAACUAUUCUUCGUUGUGUGUCAACAUUGAUGGGUGAUCUUCAUCGUUUAUUAACAACAAAUAAUUCAUCAAUAUCAUCUAUUGGUAUGGUUAAAAAACGUUUUAUUACUCAUACAGCACCAACCACUUUACUAACUCAGCAAAUACGUGUCGAUACGGAUGAUAACGAUGAAGAUGUGGAUGAAAAUAAUGAUGAUAAACUUGAUUUUAUAACUUUGGAAUAUUUCGAAAUGUUUUUAUUACAAGUUAUCAAUACGAUGAAAUAUAUUCAUACAUUUAUGAGUGCAUCAAAUACCGAUGCGGCAACUGGAUCCAUGGAAACUGACGAUGAUGAUGAUAUGAGUUUUAUAAUUGAUCGUGAUCAAAGUCGCAAUAUCGCUAGUCGAGCGUUCUAUUAUGCACUCGAUAGUUUUUAUUUUCUAUUAAGCUUAUUUAAAGUAAAACAAACAAAUUGGCAAAAGGAUUUAGAUCGAGAUGAAACAUGUUUAAGUCAUUUAUUAAAAACUAUCAGUAAUCAAAUUCUAUUAGCAAAGAAAACAACUGGAAAAGAAGAAAAUGAACGUGUUCGAAUUUUGACAAAAAUUUUCACAUUUACUGAUAUUCUGAAUUUGAUCGAUUCAACACGUCUUUGUCAAUCUCUGGAAUUAUUUAUUCAAUUAUUUGAUGACGAAACACAACAGGAUGAACUUUACAAAAUAUUUACUGGCAAAUGUCGUCAAUUAUUAGAAGAAUGUAGUCUUGAUGCCAAUUCCAGUACGGUUUUAUCAUUUUCAAAAAUAUCAUCUGUAAGAGCUGUUGAAACGCUGCUUAAUCUAUAUUUACUUCAUCUUGAACCCAACGAAAUAAAUUCUGUUAUUGAUGGUUUAAUACAUUAUUCAUUAAAAAUUUUUGUACGAGCUGAAAAGGGCUCGAAGAAUGAUACGGAAAAUACCGAUGAUGAUACAUUAGACAAUCCAAUUGUGGAUUUAUCAACAUGGAAUAUUAAAUCGACAUUUGUAGUUUAUUUUCGUUGUCUUUUUAAACAUUUUAUUAUUAAAGCUCGAUCAAUUAAAUUACCUAACGAAUCAAAGAAAAAAAAUGAACUCGAACAAAUCUGCACAGAAUGGUUGGAACUUAAUGAAUUAUUUCGUAAAUUUGUAUCAUUUGUUACGAUCGAUCAAAUAUAUGCUAAAAAUGCCAUGGUUAUUUCAACAGUUCUUCGCUGUUCGAAACAAUAUAUUGAUGUAUUUCGAGCUCGUUCAAUGCCAACAUUAGAUCUCUACUUUUUGCACGAUACACAUGGAACAAAACAGCUAUUAACUGUAUUACAAAAAUCAACUCGCCUUUUACAAUCACUUUGCAAUAUGGUUAAAAAAGAUCAGAAACAUAUGUCUUGUAUACGUUUAAUACCAGUAUUGAAGCGUACACUUGAAAUGCUAAUGUGCCGAGCGAAAUUAAUGGUUGAUAUUAAUAAUUGUCCAGCCAAUGUAUUUUGUAUUGGUCAAUUGAAAGCUAAAGAUUUGAAGGGAAAUGAAUUAACUGACACGACGUAUCGUCAACAACAAGAAGAAGAGGAAAAUUCUUCGAUCAUGGAUGAAGAUUCAAGCGAUGUACGACCAGAUCAAGAUGAAGAUGAUGACGAAGAAGAACAGGGCGACGGUGAAGAAGAAGAAGAAGAUAAUGAAUGA